AUGACAAACAACGCUACAGUCUCCAAUGUUUUGGGUACCAUAGGCACUGUUCUAUGGUGCAUCCAGUUAUCGCCGCAAAUCUACACUAACUGGAAGAGGAAAGAUACCACCGGUUUGCCUCCGAUUUUUAUGUUUCUAUGGGCCGCCUCGGGUAUCCCGUUCUCAAUAUACUUCACCAUGAAAAAUUCAUACAUACCUAUGCAAGUGCAGCCGCAAAUGUUCACGUUGCUGUGUACGAUUACGUGGGCCCAGUGUCUGUACUAUCCUCCUUGCAGUUGCCCCAGGAAGAGGGUUAUGAUAUAUGUGGGUAGUUUCUUGCUGAUUUCUUUGGGAAUGGAGUUUGGAUUCAUAUUUUGGUUGAAACCUGUUUAUCGUCAUGGAACGCAUUGGCCCUCACUGGUUUUUGGAAUUUUGGCCUCCAUAGUGCUGGCUGCUGGGUUGCUCCCACCUUAUUUCGAGCUUGCAAAGAGAAAGGGCCGAGUGGUUGGGAUAAACUUCUUUUUUCUAUCAAUGGAUUGCUCUGGCGCGGUUUUCUCCAUGUGCAGUGUUUUGGUGGGAACAAUUGAUGUCAUGGGAAUGGUACUGUAUGCCGUCAUCAUAGUCAUGGAGGUGGGCAUAUUCAUUAGUCAUUCAAUUUGGUAUGUACGAUUUAGAGUCCUCAAAAAGGGAGAGGACAUAGAAGGAGAUCCAGAAACGGGUGCUAUAGACAAAAUUUCAUCAGAUAUUACGGGGAACUUGGUCACUGCCAAUUCCAAUGAGACUAAGCAAUCACCCGUUGAACGGAAGGGCUUCGAGUCAUUAUGA